GGACCUUCCUGCUUGAAGAUGUCAGAGGCAGGGAGUUGAACCUGUGAAACACAGACUCUUACAGAGCGUGAUAGUGGCUUAUCCCACAGUCCCUUGCGUGGGGUGAGGGACCAUGGGAGAUGGAGGCGUGAGGACAGCGGGAGAUGGCGUCAACCAGUCCCAUGUGCUGUUUGAUCGCUUCGUCCAGGCCUCGACCUGUAAAGGCACUCUCAAAGCCUUCCAGGAGUUGUGUGACUUCUUGGAGCUCAAACCCCAUGAAUAUCGAGUGUUCUACCACAAACUCAAGUCUAAGCUCAACUACUGGAAGGCCAAAGCACUUUGGGCCAAGUUGGACAAACGCGCCAGUCACAAGGAGUACAAGAAAGGUCGAGCUUGCGCCAACACUAAGUGUUUGAUUAUUGGAGCGGGUCCAUGUGGUUUGCGCACGGCCAUCGAGUUGGGCUUCCUGGGAGCGAAGGUGGUGCUGCUGGAGAAAAGGGAUGCUUUCUCUCGCAACAAUGUGCUCCAUCUCUGGCCCUUCACCAUCCAGGACCUACGAGGCCUUGGAGCAAAGAAAUUCUAUGGCAAAUUCUGCGCUGGUGCCAUUGACCAUAUCAGUAUCCGGCAACUCCAGCUAAUGCUGCUAAAGGUGGCUCUGCUCCUGGGGAUAGAGAUACAUGUCAACGUGGAAUUCAAAGGGCUCACAGAACCACCUGAAGACCAGGAGAAUGAGAGGAUAGGAUGGAGGGCAGAAAUACAUCCUAGAACACAUCCUGUCAAUGAACUUGAGUUUGAUGUCAUUAUCGGGGCAGACGGAAGGAGAAACACACUGCCAGGGUUUCGAAGGAAGGAAUUCAGGGGCAAACUGGCCAUUGCCAUCACAGCAAACUUCAUCAACCGGAACACUACGGCUGAGGCCAAGGUGGAGGAGAUCAGUGGCGUUGCCUUCAUUUUUAAUCAGAAGUUCUUCCAAGACCUGAGAGAAGCCACAGGGAUUGACCUGGAAAACAUUGUCUACUACAAGGACGACACACACUACUUUGUCAUGACUGCCAAAAAGCAGAGUCUGCUGGAGAAAGGCGUCAUUCUGCGUGACUAUGCCGACACAGAGAUGUUGCUCUCCCGGAGUAAUGUGGACCAGGCUGCCCUACUCUCCUAUGCCAGAGAGGCUGCAGAUUUCUCUACCAAUCACCAGCUGCCCACACUGGACUUUGCCAUUAACCACUACGGCCAGCCUGAUGUAGCCAUGUUCGAUUUUACCUGUAUGUACGCGUCUGAAAACGCAGCCCUCGUCCGUCAGCGCAACGGUCACCAGCUGUUGGUAGGACUGGUCGGUGAUAGCCUUCUGGAGCCAUUCUGGCCCAUGGGUACUGGUAUAGCUCGGGGUUUCCUGGCAGCCAUGGACGCAGCGUGGAUGGUACGGAGUUGGGCUCAGGGCAGCUCCCCUCUGGAAGUGCUGGCUGAGAGGGAGAGCAUCUAUCGGCUCCUUCCCCAGACCACACCGGAGAACGUCAGCAAGAACUUCAACCAGUACAGCGUGGACCCCACAACACGCUAUCCCAACAUCUGCUUGCACUAUCUCCGACCCCAUCAGGUACGACAUCUUCUCGACACUGGCGAGACCAAGGAACUAUGCAUUGAUAUGGAAAAUGUGGUCAAUGCUUCUACACCCAAGCUGACAAGAAAUGAGUCCAUCGCUCGGUCCAGUAAGCUACUGAACUGGUGUCAAAGGCAGACGGAGGGCUACCGCGGGGUCAAAGUGACAGACCUCACCACGUCGUGGAAGAGCGGCUUGGCUUUGUGUGCUCUCAUUCACAGAUACAGACCAGACCUCAUUGACUUUGACUCCCUGGAUGAGCGUGAUGUGGAGAAGAAUAACCAGCUGGGAUUUGACGUUGCUGAGAAGGAGUUUGGCAUUUCUCCCAUAAUGACGGGCAAAGAGAUGUCCAUAGUGGUUGAGCCAGACAAACUGUCUAUGGUCAUGUACCUCACUCAAUUCUAUGAGAUGUUUAAGGACACAGUGCCUCCUGGUGAUAACCAUAACCUAAGUCCUGAGGAGAAAGCAGCAUUGAUAGCCAGCACUAAGUCACCCAUCUCCUUCCUCAGCAAACUGGGCCAGACCAUCUCCAUCUCCCGCAAGCGCAACCCGAAGGACAAAAAAGAGAAGGACAUCGAUGGAGUGGGGAAGAGGAGGAAGACCAGUCAGGGAGGCCAGUCAGAGGAUGAAGAGCUUCAGAGAGGCUACCGUGACGAGAGGCCAUCCAUAGCCACGGCCCUGACGGAGCGCAAAGUUGAACCCGCGGCUUCGACGGCAAACAACAACAAAGUGAAAUCCAUGGCUACCCAGCUGCUAGCCAAAUUUGAGGAGAAUGCACCUGUUCAGUCCACUGGGCUCAAGAGACAGGGGGAUUCCAUGCCCAAUCUGGACCUCCUCCUGUCCUCUUCCCAACCCCCUGCCCCGCUGAAAGAGCCGGCACGCCUGGCUCCAGUCCCUGCAUGGAGGAAGAGGCGUACUCGGCUGCAGGAGCAGAUGAGUUUCCGCUAUAAGGAGAGGGUCAAGUGUCAGACACUGCCGAGCAGAGUGGAGCAGGCCAGCAGAAGCACUGAAGGCUUACGGAGCUGCCCCAAGAAAACCAUUCUGCUCUCUUCCUCUUCCUCUUCAUCUUCUUCAUCCUCUCCAUCGCCCUCACUACACACACAGGAACCUGAGUUUUGGCAAUUAGAAGAUGAAGUUCCUAAACAUGCGCCUAGCGUUCAGGAGAGGGCCGAGCGACUAGCAGCUCAGUUUACUGGGCAGCCUUACAGGCAAGGCAAACCCCAGCCCAUGAAAAAGCCCUCGCGGUUUUUCGUCGAGCAGUGGUUGCUUUCUCACGGACUGAGCCCUGAUCAGUCUCUCUCUCCUCCACAUUCCCCUGAGCAGGAGAGGGGGGUAUUGCCGUCUGAUGGCCACGUGCCUUUGCACAUCCCUAGCAUUCAGGAGAGAGCGGAGCAGUUAGCCGCUCUGUUUAAAGACAGUCCUUCCAAGCCCAAGCUUAAGAAAAAGCCUUCACGCUUCUUUAUUGAACAGUGGCAUCUGGCGCGAGAGCUGAAUGUCAGGCAGCCCCUCCCUUCCCCUGGCUCUCUCCGACAGCGAUAUAUAAAGAUAUACACAGGGGGAGUGAGCUCAUUGGCUGAACAAAUAGCCAAUCAGCUUCAGACUCAGGAGGAACCCAAGCCCCCUCCUGAGAAGAGGGAUUUGGCUUCCCUGCGGAAGGAAUUCCCUCAGAACAUAGGUGGCAGCGACGUCUGCUUCUUCUGCCGGAAACGCGUGUACGUGAUGGAGCGUCUGAGUGCAGAGGGGAAGUUUUUCCACCGUAGCUGUUUUAAGUGUGACUACUGCGGCACAACCCUUCGCCUCUCCUCCUACGCCUUCGACGUGGAAGACGGGAAGUUUUACUGUAAGCCGCAUUACUGUUACAGGCUGUCUGGACAGGCUCAGAGGAAGAGGCCUGCACCUGCUGCAGCUCCACUUAACGCUAAGGAAAAACAGGUAUCCGUGGUAACCCCAGUGACCGUGGACGCCCCAGGCCGGGCGCCUGAAGCCCAGGCUGCUGCUGAACGCCGGCCCUCAGUGCCUGAGGUGAAUGGGGUCACGGAACCUAGCUUCGCCAAGCGCCUUAGGGGCACGCCAGAGCGCAUCGAGCUGGAGAACUACCGUUUGUCGAUGCAGCGCGAAGAAGAGCUGGAGGAGGUGCCGGAGGAGACGCUAGCGGAGCAUAAUCUGAGCAGCGUACUGGACAAGGCCACGGAUGUAGAGGAGGGCUCCAGUAGCUCAGAGUCUGACAUGGAGGAGGAGGAUGAGGAGGCCCCAGGCCCGUCUGACCUGGGAGGAGUGCCUUGGAAAGAGGCCGUUGAACUCCAUGCUAAACUGAGGGGUGAAAGUGACCCUGGAGCUAACGAAGAGAAUGGUUUACUAGCCACAGAACAACGAGAUGGAGAGAUGGAGGAAGAAGAUGAGGAUGAGGAAGAAGAUGAGGACGAAGAUGAAGAGGAGGAGGAAUCAAGUGACGAGGGGGAGUAUUACCCCUGGGAGAGGGAGCUUCAGUCUGGCCUUUGGCUGGAAAACCUCACAGAGGAAGAGGAUACGGGUACAUUUAAAGCCAGGAACCUGCAGAUCCAACAGGUGCUGCAGCCCGUGGAUCCUCUGGGCAUCCAGAUGGACAUUCAUUGGACGCACAUGCAGGCAGAGGGGGAGAAGGAGGGCCCCUCUGUCUCUGGCUCUCUGGCUCCCUCACUGCCUACCCAGCCCACGCCCACCACAGCCCCCUCCCACACAUCAGCACGACACGAAGCUGUCAGGGCCUGGUUGGAGUCGGUGUCUGGAGAGCCCUGUGACGAUGAUGAUGACCUGGAUGCAGAGGCCGGGAGUCCUGACAUUGAACCUGGCACCGAAUUGGAUGAAGAGGAUAUUCCCUCAGACGCAGAGGCUGAAGCUCGUCUACACCAGUUAGACGAAGGAGAGCCACUCCCAGUGGAUAACGGCAAAGCCGAGAUCCAAAGCCCUGUCUCUAAACCAUGGUAACAACUGUACAGCCCAACACAGGUGUUUGAGGAUUUGACACUUUCUCCCAUCAAAAAACCUGAAUCUCCUGUAAAAGAGGUCAAUGACAAAGUAUCCCCUCCACAAGGGGUGAAAUCUCCAGGCACACGUUUUUUUCCUGAGCCCUUUCUACCCGAUGAUGUCAAACCACAGGCUUCACCUGCACACUCCCCAGAGGCAAAGAGCCCAUGUUCUCCAGUAGCAUUGAAAUCUCCCAUUCGCUCCCAACCUGUUCCAUUUCCAGAGACUGUUACCCCUGUAUCCCCUAUCCCGAGCCAGUCUUGUGCCUGCCCUCCGUCAGGCAACCCGUUAUCCCCAAUCUGUGCUCAGCCUCUUCCCUGCCAUGAACCCUCCUCUCCCCUUUCUCAAGGCUCUCCAGUCAGGACUCAGCCUGUACCUGCUGUCACAUCUACACCUUUAUCCAAACCCACUUCGGAGAGAAAGUCUCCAGAACCUCUCAAACCCCAAGAGUCGACGGAGGAGACCCCGGUCAAAAAAACUGACAUCAUCGAGGAGUUCUGGUUAAAGAGUGCUGAAAUCAGAAGAAGCCUGGGACUUGCGCCGCUAGACAGGAGCAAAAGUGUGGACAAGAGUGUCAGGAUACCGACCCCAGAUUCCUCCUACACACCAGAAGAUCAAUCUGAGGAGCUGAAGCUUCCCUUCACUGGCCGCUCUGUUAUACAUAGACUGAACAUAACUGUGGAGGGCCAGGUUAUUUCUCCUGUGGAGUCCAAGAGUAAUGGCUCAGAGAGGAGGGAUCUCAGUAGUAGUUCUGGCCUGGGCCUGAAUGGCAGCACGGCCACCAGCCAGACGGCUGUUAGUGAGAGCUACAACACCUCAGACUCCACCAUGCUCACCCCACCCUCCAGUCCUCCUCCACCUCCACCCAAUGAAGAGCCUGCUACCCUCAGAAACAAGAAACAUCAGGUUGCUUGGGACAACCUGCCUAAAGGCAAAGAUGAGCCUAAAGUGGAGCCUGCCCCUCCCAAAGCAAAAACUCCAGAAGGUCCCCCACAACAAAAACCUGCCUCUGCACCAGUACCUGCUCCCAGAACUGUACCAACAAACCCCAAGGUGGUUAUGAGAGUGAAGGAGCCAAAUAAACCUCGCAGGGAAGAGGUGCGGAAGUCUUUUGUGGAGUGUGUGGAGGAGAUCCCCUUCGCUGAUGAUGUUGAGGACACGUAUGAUGACCGAACGCCAGACGCUAGCAUGCAGGAUAGAUUUUAUACUCCACCUACCAGCAAGACAAAUAGGGAUAAACCACCCUUGCAUCUGGCCUUAGCAAUGGAGAAUGGGAAACCAAACAUCCCUGGAAAUGUGGUGUCCAAGCCAGGAAAGGGGACUCAGCAUGUCUCUCCAGAGGCUAAGGAGAUUGCUGAAGAGCGGAUGAGAGAAAGGGAGAAGUCUGUGAAGAGCCAGGCUCUGAAGGAUGCCAUGGCCAAGCAGCUCAGUAAAAUGAAAGAGUCUGAUGCAGCCAAGGGUGCUGUGGCCAAAGUGGGUUGGAACGUCCCCUCUGAGAUGUCCGUGAAGAGCAAAAAGCACUCGACUUCUCCGAAGUCCUCUGCUGUCAAGGCCCUGGAAUCUAAAAAGCAAGCAGAGGUGGUUCCAGAUCGUUUUUUCACUUCACCAGUAAGCAAGAGCUUGGAUAGCUCUGUGACCUCUUCAGAGAGCUCCACGGGGGGUAAAAGCAAAAAGCGUAGCUCUCUGUUCUCCCCACGGAAAAACAAGAAAGAGAAGAAGUCCAAAAAUGAGAGCAGGCUCUCUGGUACAGAGGAGACACCUCCUAAACACAAAUCCCUGUGGAAGGCUGUUUUCUCCGGUUACAAGAAAGACAAGAAGAAGAAGGAUGACAAGUCCAGUGAUAGCACCCAAUCCGGUUCAGCCACUGCAGAUUCUGGGAAGAAGAGAGCAUCGCCUUUGGGCAGGUCAUCAGAUAUGAAUUUGAGAAGAAACCUUAGCUUCUCCGAAGACUCUGACCUUUCCUGUGAUGAUGUACUGGAAAGAUCUUCCCAAAAGUCCAAAGCAGAUCGCCACGUGGACUUAUUUGACCUUGUGUCAGAUUUAAAGAAAGAUGCAAUGAAAGAAGAGAAGGGGAGAGAAAAGGAAAGGAUGAAAGAAAAAGAGAGAAGGAAGGAAAAAGUAAGAGAGAAGGAAAAAGUGAGAGAAAAGGAAAGAAGAGAGAGAGUGAAAGAGAAAGUCAGAGAGAAAGAGAAAAUUAUGGACCUGGAAAAGGAGAGAGGAAUGGAUGAUGAGUCUGUUUAUGUCCCUCAUGCACUGGCGUUCAAGAGAUCGUACGCCACAAAGAAGACAUACACAGAGGAGGAGUUGAACGCCAAGCUUACGAGGAGAGUGCAGAAAGCGGCCAGGCGACAGGCGAAGCAGGAGGAGCUGAAGAGACUCCAUAGAGCUCAGAUCAUCCAGAGGCAGCUGGAGCAGGUGGAGGAGAAACAGAGGCAGCUGGAGGAGAGGGGCGUUGCCGUGGAGAAGGCUCUGCGAGGGGAAGCAGGAUUGUGUAAAGGUUCUAAUGUUAGUCCAAAACAGCAUAAGAGAAGAUCAGACUAUUGGGGAGAGUCUAAUUACAGUGAGAUCCUGGACUUGCAUCUGGGCGGAAUGGGUAAAAAGGACGAUCCGAAACUAAUGCAGGAAUGGUUCAAACUGGUGCAGGAGAAGAAUGCUUUAGUGCGGUAUGAGUCGGAGCUGAUGAUAUUUGCUCGAGAGCUGGAACUUGAAGAUCGGCAGAGUAGACUACAACAGGAACUCAGAGAGCGCAUGGCAGUGGAUGAUCACCUCAAGACAGAGGAGGAGCUGGCAGAAGAGAAGCAGAUCCUGAAUGAGAUGCUGGAGGUUGUGGAACAGCGGGACUCUCUGGUAGCCCUGUUGGAAGAGCAGAGACUGCGAGAGAAGGAGGAGGAUAAAGACCUGGAGGCAGUCAUGCUCUCCAAGGGCUUUAACCUCAACUGGGCUUGAGAAUCAUCCGCCCACAGUCUCUUUUUCCCCCCCAAACAUAUGUUUCAAGUCUUUUCAUAGUGUAUCGAAUCAAAAAUCUCAC